AUGGUGCUUGGGCCCGCGCUGUCGUGGCUGCACGCCCGUCUAGCGCCAGCGGCACAGGCGCUGCCACCACAAUCUCUCGAUCUGUCGACAUAUCCGACCACGCCCUGGCAGCAGUUCGGCCUCGCCAUCGUUGUGCUUUUCCCGGUGCUUGCCGUCAUGAUAGUCGGCCUGCGUGUCUGUUGGCGUUUCAAGACCAAGGCGCUUGGAAUCGACGAUGCCUUCAUCGUCGUAGCUACCAUCCUCGCCGUGGCCGAGGCUGGGGUAUCCUAUGUCAUGGUCAAGCUCUCCUACAUUGGCGUACACGUGGAGCAGCUCCCGCAGACCCCAUACGACCCGACACUGGGCAGGAUCUUCAACUACAUCGUCGUCAUGCUGUACAACCCGCAGCUGGGUCUCGUCAAGUCGUCCGUCCUCUUCUUCCUCCUCCGCCUGGAGGGAGAGCAGAAGCGGGGUGUCCGGCGCGCCAUCCACUGGCUCAACUGGUCCAACAUAGCCCUCUUGGUCGCCGUCCUGUUCGCCUCGAUCUUCACCUGCGUCCCCGUCCACAAGUACUGGGACCGAUCGGUCGAGGGCGUCUGCAACAACCAGCCUAUGCAGUACCUCGUUACGUCGUCCAUCACCGUCCUGACCGACGUCCUGGUCCUCACAAUACCGAUCUACCUCGUCGCCGGCCUCCAGAUGCCCCGGAAACUCAAAAUUGGCGCCAUCGCAGUCCUGUGCGCGGGCGUUGUCGUCACCAUCUUCAGCAUCCUGCGCCUCCAGAUGCUCGCCGACCUCUACUUUACGCCUCGCAGGGGCGACUGGUCCUAUGGCAUCGGCUUCGUCUACUCGACUGUGGAAUGCAACGUCGCCAUCAUCUCCGCCUCGGUCCCCGCCUUGCACAACUUCUCGAGGCAGUGGGUGGCGCCGCGCAAGCUCAAGUUGAGCCACGGCGCAGACUCCCAAGAGGAGGGAGGAGAAGGCAUGGCUUCCUCCGGUGGGAGCAGCGGCAAGAGUGCCCGUGUUGGUACAGAUCGCUCCCAACCUAAAGCGGUCAGAGCGAACGGCGAGCCCGUCGCCCUCCGGGAAUUGAAGGGCAGGCGUAGCAGCCGGGUUUAUCACAACCGCCUCGAGAGUAUGAACGAAAGCGAGGAGGAAAUCCUUGCAGACCGCAAGAUCACCAGGACGACGGAGAUCGAGUUGCGAUACGACAGUCGUGUAUGA